AUGCUAUUUCAUCUAUCUGUCGCUCAUCUACCUGAAUAUUCGCUUGUGAAAAAUAACCACAGGAAACGAAUUGAUUUUCAAGUAUUGAAAUUAUUAUUAAAACUGUUAGAACCUCUUGAAGAUGUUACACGUGAAGUAUCAUCAGCUACAACGGCAACCCUCUCGUUGGUUUUGCCAGUUUUAGUCGCCAUUUUGACUUUAUUAGAACCGGAUUCAUCGGUCCUUGAUAAAAUGAAAACAUUUAUGAAAACUCAGUUAGAAAAAUGGUUCAACAAAUCAUUCUCGAACAAAUUUUAUUUGUUGACCUGUAUUGUUGAUUCACGAUUUAAACAUUUUACAUUCACUGAUCCCAAUAAUUUUUCAACAAAUGGAAUUACAGCGUCGACUCUCACAGAUUGGAAAUCGGUUGGAGCACGAAAAAUAGCCGAACAGCUAUUGAAAGAUGAAUAUCAGACCAUUUCAACAACCAUUCUAGGUACAUCGUCAACAACAGCAGUUGUUCCACUAUGUCUUCCACCUCGACCGCUUUCCGUUCUCGAUAAAAUAGUCACGAGACAACAAACAACUGCAUCAAGUGAAUAUACAAACUAUCUGAGUGAGCCAGAAAUUACUACGAAUACAUGUGCUCUAAUUUGGUGCAAUCAAAAUAAGCAUCGAUAUCCUACGAUAGCCAAAAUAGCUCGAAAAUAUUUGUGCAUACGCGCGACGAGUACACCAUUAGAAAGAAUUUUUUCGUUGAGCGGCUUCAUUACAAUUGAACCUGAAAAUAAAAUCUGCGUUGUAAGUUGGGAAACAUGAAAAGUUUUGUUCUUGUGCUAUAAUAAAGGUUUUUAAAUGUUUUUCAGUAAGUAUGCCGUUUGAAAGAUGUGCGGUGGAAGUGUGAGAUUAGGAAGAUGAGUGUGCGUGGAUAUAAGAAAAAGAAGCAAGAAGUAUCAAGACCACGUCGUAGUAUACACAGCUUUCGGUCUAAUUGCGUCAGCUGAGCGACAAAAAGAUCAAAGCACACUGAAAUCUGAAAAAAAAGUCGCAUAAAAGCUCAGCUCUACCGACCGUAUCCUAAUACAUCCCAGAUAAUGCCCAAAAAGAAACCUCGAACCAAUUCUGUUAUAUUUCACAAGAUUUUGGUUCACUUGGCAAAAUUCUGAUAAAAAUCUUGAACAUUUUUCAAAAUUCUGCAAAUUCUCUUUGUGAAUUAGAUUAGUUGUUCAUUGAUGAAUUUACCACAUGAUGAUAGUAGACCUCUCUUCUCAUAUAAUAAAUACAAAAAGUGGUAGAGAGUUAGGACAGGUCAUUGACUUUGGAAAAGAACGUUCAAGGUAGUUAAGAACACCUAAGACCAGACGGUCGGGCUGUUAAAUGCCAGAAUCGGAAGUUUUAUUGGUAAAGAAAGAAGUUUUUCUCAUAAUGAUUCUGAGCUAGCGUCGAAUGUUCUCCAAUACAAUUUUGACUUACUCAGAAAUGUUGAGAAACUGCCUUUUAUGCAUCUGAGUAAGUGAUUUUUGGGUACUGUGAAUAAGCUUAAAACAUGCAGUUACUCAGAAAAAAAGUGUAGUCAAAAAAUGCAUUACUCAAGAAAACACUUUAGUUAUUCAGCCCCCACCAAAAUUUCUAUCGCAAACGCUGAUCCUUUAAGUGCUUUUCAAGGGAGAAGCAUAGUCUUUUAAGAGAGAAUGGCAAUAAAAGUCUUUUGACAGUCGUGGGAAAGAAUUCUCCUAUUGAUCCGUAUACAAACACCGGUUACUUCUCAGCCUCUUAACUUUUGCUAUGGAUUAUCAUAAAGUUUUUAUGUGAUAAAUAUUUACGUUUUUUACUUAAAUUAAACAUGAAAAAACAUAUGUAGUUCUACUGUGGUUCAGUUUUAUUUUAUUCCCUUGACUGAAAGUCUAGGGUCAUAUGAAAUAAAUGUCGGCGUCGGCGUCCGCAUGUGACGGACGUACAUACAUACAUAUAGUGACCAGUGAGUGUGACGGACGUACAUACAUAUAGUGACCAGUGAGUGUGACGGACGUACAUACAUAUAGUGACCAGUGAGUGUGACGGACGUACAUAGAUCUACUGAGCAGCC